UAAUCUAACUGCAUUUAAAGUUCGCUUGCUUUAGUUACCGGAAGCACACACUUUGCAAAGGUCAACAUGGGGGGCAAAAUGGCAGCUGCCAGUAGGGUAGUGCAGGCUGUGAAACCUCAUGCACCUUUAAUAAAAUUCCCCGAUAGACUUGGCAGCCCGAGGCCUAAUGUUUUUGUUUCAGUCCAGGAAGCACUAAAAACAAUGAUAAUGACCUCCCCACCACAGUCCACCGGGACCCCGAUGGCACAGUCGACAGUAGGGUCUGUAUCCAGACCGCCAGGUCCUCCAAGCUCAGCGUCACAUAGUUGGUUACCAGGCCCCCCCGACACGGCAAGCUCAGUGAGAGCCCUUCCUCACAGAUACAGGAGGACGACAAUGACAGAAGAAGAAAUGGCUUAUAUCCAGCGUGGUGGACCAGAAUGAAACUGAAUUCCUCUAUGUAUGGAUGACACCUUUAUAGAAAUUUCUAAUUUUCCUGAGAUGCUAAGUGUUAGUUUUUUUUGUUUUAUUUUUGAGUGCUGAUUUUCAAUAGAUAAACACCAAGUGUUUUUCCAACAGAUUGAAAUAAAGAAUGCUUUAUUCUUGGCAAAUAAACUAUAAUGUUAUACCUAUAUAGUAUUUGUAGGUUGUUUUGCAUUAAUGUAAACUGUAAAGGAUUUAUGUACACACUUAUUCUAGAUUUACACGUAAUUACAACACUACAAUUGUAUAUGUUUUAAUAUUUUUGAUUUUGUGCAUAUAGUGAAAGUAUUUUUCCCUUUUCAACAAAUUUAGACUAUUAGUAGAUUAUUUAUUAACAUACAGUACUUCCCCAAACCAAAAUGCAUACAUUACUGCAUAUUUUACUAAGCAUUGCAAUACCAGUGUUGAAUAAAAAUGAAGGUUCAGA